ACGUGUCGUUAUAUAUCUUAACGAUGAUUGGAUAAAACACUCAAUAUACAUAUUUUAUCAAAAAGUAUGAUACGAAAAGACAACUAGUUGCUCUAGAUCACUUGCCAAUGCCAUGUGUUCUGAACGUUGUGAUAGUUAGUUCAAAAAAAAUAUCAAAAAUUCCCUGUGUGCCUUAAAAAACAGACAAAAAAUGAAUCAAAAAUACAAAAAAUUCAUAUAUAUCUUACUCUACACAAUUUUCGUGUCAUCCCGCGUGAAUUGCAGCUCAAUCCUUAAUACGACAGCAGUGGUUGAGCCAUCGACUCCUGCAAAUCUGAACACAUCCACAUCCGAAUUACCUCACACAACGGAGGAAAUUCUGCAAAUAAUCCAAAGUAGCACUGUAAAAAUCAGCACUGAAGCCUCCGACUUGGAUGAAGUCACGAAACACGAACAUUCCAACAACACCACCGACGAAGAAGAACAAAAAAAGUUGAAAACUAAUCAAACGGAAUUACUUCCCGUUACGCAGUCACCUCCAGAAAAGCCAAUUAUUAAUACCUUUGUGGAUGAAGCCACUCUCGUGGAUUGCCCGUCCCUCAGUAAUGCCGAUAGCUUAAGUCAAACACAAUUGAUCGAAAGACUUACCCACACGUGUCGCUAUGACAGACUAGAAAGGCCGAAACUCAUUACGAACCACGGCAAAAAGGCGCCUGUCGAGGUUUUUGUUCGAAAUUACCUCUAUUUCAUGCAGAAUUUGGAAGCGCAUGAUUUGCAAUUUAAAAUUCAUAUUUUGUUACAAUUGAGAUACGUGGAUGCUAGAUUGGCAUUCAAGAAAAUAGCGCCGUCUAAACAAACAAUCAUGGGAGAGCAAUCUUUGUCCUCGAAAUUGUGGAUCCCGCACUUGUUUCUGGCGAAUGAGAAGAACUCACAACUGCUUGGAACAGCAGACAAAGACGUUUUAACAUCAAUCAGUCCCGAUGGAACUGUUAUCAUCAGUAGAAGAAUUAGUGCGACACUGUUUUGUUGGAUGGAUCUUCGAAAGUUUCCAUUUGAUGAGCAAUAUUGCCAUACAAUCUUCGAAAGUUGGAUGUAUAAUGCGUCGGAAAUUAUGUUGCAUUGGGAACCAAUGAGUCCAGUAAACUUGGCGCCCGAGGUACAUUUGACGGAAUAUGGCUUAAUGCGACUUUACACAAACGAGACAAUCAUCAAGGCAGACUUUAAUGACUUGAGACAUGGAGCUUUUACGGGAAAUUACAGUUCGUUGAGCUUCACGGUGCAUUUGGCACGUGAAAUGGGCUUUUAUUUGAUGGAUUAUUUUAUUCCUUCUAUGAUGAUUGUUGCCAUUAGUUGGUGCACUUUUUGGUUACAAGCCGAUCAAACAGCUCCCAGAAUCACUUUGGGAACAAGCACUAUGUUGACAUUCAUUACCUUGGCAUCGUCUCAGGGAAAAACAUUGCCAAAAGUCAGUUACAUCAAAGCAUCAGAAAUUUGGUUUUUGGGCUGCACGGGCUUCAUUUUUGCUAGUUUAGUGGAAUUUGCGUUCGUUAACAUCAUUUGGCGUCGCCGAAAGAACGUAGAAUUGAAAAAAGUUAACUCGAAAUAUAUCAUGAAGUCGACUUUAACUCCCCGUUUAGCCCGAAAAGAAAUGGGAGGAGGUCAAGGCGGCUUAUCAAAAUCCAGAUCGUGUUCCAGUCUCAAUGAACAAGGAAAUGGCGGUCAUCAAGGAUAUGAUAACUAUUUGACAGUUCAUGGCAAUAGCUUCACAAGCAUCAACAAAACCGUCCCAAUGAUAAUGGUUGAGAACGAAGGUAGAAGCAACGAACAAACCAGAAUUAACAUCGAACAACAACAUCACGGAAGUCAAAUGAGUCUCAAUGGCGCAGAGCCAAGUAAGAAACCAGCAUCCGGAUGGACCACAAUGACUCCUCAAGAGAUUUCAAUUUGGAUUGAUAAGCGAUCACGUUUGGUAUUUCCAGUUGCCUUUUUAGUAUUUAACAUAUUUUACUGGUCAUUCGUUUAUCUCAUCUAAAAUAAAAUAUAUAUUUAUUAUUAAGUUUAAAUAUGCAGUAAAAUUGAACAACAAAAAACGUCAUUAACUCAAAAUAAACAAUUCUUUCAUUCUAAUCUAAUAAAUGUGACCAGCUGUGACUUAUUUAAGAAUCUAUUAAUAAAUGAAAAUUGUGUAUAUUUUAAUGAAAAAGUAUUUAUAAAGUAUAAUAAAAUGAGAUGCAAUAACGCAA